AUUUAUGUAAAAUAAGGCUCAAAACAAAUAAUUUUAGACUGUUGAAGUAUUUAAAAGCAAAGCAAAUCAGAGAUCAAAUCGAGAGGAGGAAGCCACUUUAUAAGGAUAUUGCUGAUUUGGACGUGCAGAGUGAGACAUCAAACAUCAUGUCAGUGUUCAGAAUAGUAUUGUUGGGGUGUGUGCUUGGCGCAUGCACAGUAACUGCACUCGAUGUAGCGGUCAGGGGUGCCUGUGUAACAAAAUAUGGAACCUUUGAGCUAGCUGUUGGAAAGGCGCUGGAGUACCUAGAUCGCCACAACAUAAUAUGCGCAGAGGCAGAUGGAUUUCUCGUGUCUUGGAAACUCGAAACCACUGUAAUGCGCAGCUCCUUUAAGAGAGUGUCAUGGAAAUGCUGCAAAAUUGAUAUCGUGUAAUAAUCAUUAUUGAACCAUGAAUGAAAUUAUUACAUUACCAAAAUAAAUGCUG